GUCGCAACCGGCCGGCCUUGUCACAGCCGGUGAGCCCUCGAUUGCAACCGGGGCGGCCGCGGUUGAUGACAGCUUGGAAAACCCUCUAAGGUCAGCGCAGCCCCGGCAGCCGGGAAGAGGGCGUGGGCGGCUCGUGGAAGUUCGCUCGGCGCUAUUUAUAGCAGGCGGCAGAAACAGAAGCCGGGCUUGGCCGCGUUGUGCCCAAGCUUCGCUGGGAUAGUCGGGAAGAGGGCGCCGUCGUCGCACAGCGAAACGUGGCUGCUGCUUGCGGGGCUGAGCUGUUGGAGAAUGGCCAAGGACUUCCGCUACUACUUUCAGCAUCCAUGGUCCCGUUUAAUUGUGGCCUACCUGGUGAUCUUCUUUAACUUCUUAAUAUUUGCUGAGGAUCCAGUCUCUCAUAGCAGAAUAGAAGCCAAUGUCAUUGUUGUUGGCAACUGCUUUUCGUUUGUAACAAAUAAAUACCCGGAGGGAGGAGGCUGGAGGUUUUUAAAAGUCUUCCUGUGGCUACUGGCUAUCCUUACAGGAAUGAUAGCUGGCAAGUUCCUCUUCCAUCAGCGACUGUUUGGCCAAUUGCUUCGACUGAAAAUGUUUCGAGAGGAUCACGGGUCAUGGAUGACAAUGUUCUUCAGUACCAUCCUCUUCCUCUUCAUUUUUUCUCACAUCUACAAUCUCUGUCUCCUCAUGGCAGGCAACAUGAGGGCAUACAUUAUAACAGACUUCAUGGGCAUCAGAAAUGAAAGUUUUAUGAAGGUAGCAGCAGUGGGGACCUGGAUGGGAGACUUUGUCACAGCUUGGAUGGUUACAGAUAUGAUGCUUCAAGACAAGCCUUACCCUGACUGGGGAAAGUCUGCCAGAGCUUUCUGGAAAAGGGGGAACAUCAGGAUUGUUUUAUUCUGGACUGUUCUGUUUACUUUGACCUCGGUGGUUGUGCUUGUCAUCACAACUGACUGGAUCAACUGGGACAAGCUCAAUCGUGGAUUCCUGCCAAGUGAUGAAGUUUCAAGGGCCUUUUUGGCUUCCUUCAUCUUAGUCUUUGACCUUCUUAUUGUCAUGCAGGAUUGGGAAUUUCCACAUUUUAUGGGGGAUGUUGAUGUAAAUCUUCCUGGCUUGCCAGCUGCACAUUUUCAAUUUAGAUUGCCUUAUUUCAAAAAGAUCUUUAAGGAGGAAUAUCACAUACAUAUAACAGGUAAAUGGUUCAACUAUGGAAUCAUAUUUCUUGUUUUAAUCUUGGAUCUUAACAUGUGGAAAAAUCAAAUAUUUUAUAAGCCACAUGAAUAUGGUCAGUAUAUUGGUCCUGGGGAAAAGAUCUACACCGUGGAAGACCCAGAAAGCUUAAAAGACCUCAACAGAUCCAGACUGUCUUGGGAAUGGCGCUCAAACAGUACUAAUCCAUUGACCAACAGAACUUAUGCAGAAGGAGACAUGUUUCUGCAUAGCCGAUAUAUUGGGGCAAGCCUGGAUGUCAAAUGCCUGGCCUUCAUUCCAAGUUUAUUGGCUUUUGCAUUGUUUGGUUUCUUCAUUUGGUUCUUUGGACGAUUUCAGAAAACUGAUCAAGGCAUGGAGAACCUUAACAAAUCAUACACGCGCAUGAAAAGGAAAUCUCCAUCUGAUGUGGGAAUGACCCGGGAGAACACACAGGUCUUAGCAGAAGAGCCUUUAAGUUUUGAUGAUCCACAUUUGAUAUCUAUCAAGUCUGACUUGAGUGAGAUUGUCUUUAAUUCUUCCCUGCUGACAUCCGAAAACCUGAAUUUGCACUUAAGUGACCAACCAAGUCCACUACAACCAAUAAGAGAGCCCUCUGCACCCUCUGUACCUAAGGAUCAUCCUUUAAUCUAAUAUGGCUCGGGGGGCGGGGGGAUGAAACAACAAGCAAUUAUUGUGUGAUUUCUUUGUUACUUGUUUUGUAAGUGACUAUUUACAUAGUCUUUAGAACAAGGGAGAUAUACAACCUAUACCACAAAGGUGCUCAACAUGCUUUUCCCCCUACGACUUUCUUUUCUAUUUGUAUUGUAAUGAAUUGUGCCUACUGUAUUAUAUCAAACAUUCCCUUAUAGAUUGCUCCUGAAAAAAAUUGCAAGAGUCUGCUAUAUGACUACUUGCAGGUAAAAAAUUCUACUUUGGUGGUGCCUUGAAAUAUUAAACUGUCUUUCUAAUAUAAUGGUGUGGAUCCUAUCUAGUGCAAGCAGAGUGUGCCAGAUAAAGGUGAACUUUUCUGUCCCCCCUUUCUUGCUGUGUUCUCUCCCAUAUAUCCCCUCCCAUGCCAGGUUCAGUGGUCUUUAAAAUAAGUGUGGGGCAAAGCAGGAGGGAGGAACUGUUGAAAGCUGCCCUCUGCUCUCCUGCUGGUGGAAGUGCCUUCUGCCUCGGUGAAGGGAGAUCAAGAUCCAACCCUUAGAAAAGCGGUGAAGCUGUCCUUAUCAACUGUUUUGCAAGAACAAUAUUCUUUAAAAUAGAAUGAUUUUGAAAUUGGGAGGCUUAAUGUAUGGCCCAUAGACUGCAUUGGGUUACCGUUUGAUUCACU